GGCUGCAAGAGGGAGCACUAAAGUGAGUUAUAUAUGUAUGUAUGGGGAUAGAAGAAGAAGUGUAUGUAAUGCUAAGGGAGAAAAAGCAAAAGGGAGGGCCUUCACAUAAGCUUUUACACGUGAUAAAGAAAACAUCAAAAGCAUUUGCAUGCGUGUAUAAAAGAUUCAUUAUCAUCAUCAUCAUCUCUCUCUCUUUUUCCUUCCCUUCUUCUCAACACACACACACACACACAGCAACUCUUUUGCUGAGUUUGAGUCUUUUUUUCUCUCUCAUUAUUUAUGCAAUCUGAAUUCUGAAAACUGAAACCACCACCCCAUAAAGAACCCAUCUUUUAUCCCCACUUUUUCCCAACUCUUUUUCACGUUUGUUGUCGUCUUUUUGAACAGUCUCUCUUUAAGUUGGUGAUUAAAGCCCACUUCCGCCUCAAAGCUUAGAUUCAAAAAAACAAAGAAAAGAUUCCGUCUUUCAUGGUUCAGUGUUCAUUGUUGAGUUCAAAGAUGGAAUCUUUGAGCCCUUUAGUUGUAGUGUAAGCACUCGUGUUUGUGUUGUGAGAUGUCAUUUUCUAUGCAGCAGCGAAAUUUGGGUUGAGAUGUUGAUUUCCCAUGCAUGGAGUCAUUGAUCUUUGAAGGACUAUAACCAAGAAGGACAAGAAACUGUUUUAUCUAGUAGGAAUAUUUGCUGUGAAAAGGUCCCUCUGCUUUCUUACAUAGUAGGUUUGAGUGAUCAAAUUCAGUCUUCAUCAUAAUCAUGCCUAUGAGGCAGAUGAAAGAAAAUUCAGAACAACACUUUGUUAUCAAAUCCCAGUUGCAAAAUCCCAUGAACUCAGCUCAGAAGAACCCAAAGACUGCCCAAAAUGGCAAAGGCCCACCAAAUCAAGAAUCACAGAAUGCCAAAGCUCAAAACCAGUGUUCUCCUCCAUCAAGAAACAGAGGAAGGAGAAGGGGAAGGGGUGGCCGGAAAUCUGACCAAGGCGACGUCUUUAUGCGACCGAGUUCAAGGCCAUGCACUGCCGCAGAUAAGCCUGUUAUGCGAGAAACUUCCCAAGCCAUUGUACCGGCAUUAUCUAAUGGAUCGGUUGGGAAUGGAGGCAGCUUAUGUCAAUCAGAAAUGGGUUUUCCUUCUUCAAGCAAGUCUUUGACUUUUCCAACUAGACCUGGAUUUGGGCAGCUCGGGACAAAAUGUAUUGUGAAGGCCAACCAUUUCUUCGCUGAGUUACCAGACAAGGACUUGAACCAAUAUGAUGUAACUAUUACCCCUGAAGUGUCAUCGAGAGCGGUAAAUAGAGCUAUCAUGGCAGAACUUGUGAAAAUGUAUAAAGAAUCUGACUUGGGGAUGAGAUUGCCUGCCUAUGAUGGCAGAAAGAGUCUGUACACCGCUGGCGAACUUCCUUUUGCUUGGAAGGAGUUCACAAUUAAGCUUAUUGAUGAAGAGGACAAUGUCAAUGGUCCCAAGAGAGAAAGGGAAUAUAAAGUAGUAAUCAAGUUUGUCGCACGGGCGAACUUACAUCAUUUAGGCCAAUUUCUUGCUGGUAAGCGUGCAGAUGGCCCAAAGGAGGCACUUCAAAUUCUGGACAUUGUCCUGCGAGAACUCUCAAUGAAAAGGUUCUGCCCUGUCGGGAGGUCGUUCUUUUCUCCUGAUAUCCGGAGACCACAAAGGCUUGGAGAUGGUUUAGAAGCAUGGUGUGGUUUUUACCAAAGUAUAAGACCUACCCAGAUGGGCCUUUCACUUAACAUUGAUAUGGCAUCAGCUGCAUUUAUCGAGGCUCUUCCAGUGAUUGAAUUUGUCGCCCAACUGUUGGGGAAAGAUGUGUUGUCAAGGCCAUUAUCUGAUUCCGACCGUAUUAAGGUUAAGAAGGCCCUUAGAGGAGUAAAAGUUGAAGUGACUCACAGGGGAGAUGUACGUAGAAAAUAUCGAGUUUCUGGCAUUACAUCCCAACCAACUCGAGAGCUAGUGUUUCCUGUCGACGACAACUCAAUGAAAUCAGUUGUUGAAUACUUUCAAGAAAUGUAUGGUUUCACAAUUCAAUACACUCAUCUUCCUUGCCUUCAAGUAGGUAACCAAAAGAAGGCCAACUAUUUACCAAUGGAGGCCUGUAAAAUUGUUGAGGGGCAACGAUAUACUAAAAGGUUGAGCGAGAAACAAAUUACUGCUCUUCUAAAGGUUACAUGCCAAAGGCCAAGGGAUCGGGAAAAUGAUAUUCUGCAGACUGUUCAACACAAUGCUUAUGAGCAAGAUCCUUAUGCAAAAGAGUUUGGAAUUAGAAUCAGUGAAAAACUGGCUUCUGUUGAGGCAAGAGUUCUCCCUGCUCCCUGGCUGAAAUAUCACGAGACCGGGAAGGAAAAAGAUUGUUUGCCGCAAGUAGGCCAAUGGAAUAUGAUGAACAAGAAAAUGAUCAAUGGCAUGACUGUUAGCCGUUGGGCAUGUAUUAACUUCUCGCGGAGUGUUCAAGAUAGUGUUGCUCGUGGAUUUUGUAAUGAGCUGGCUCAAAUGUGUCAAGUAUCUGGCAUGGAGUUUAAUCCAGAACCAGUGAUACCAAUCUAUGCAGCCAGGCCUGAUCAAGUAGAGAAAGCUUUAAAGCAUGUUUAUCAUGCAUGCAUGAACAAAUUAAAAGGAAAAGAAUUGGAGCUUUUAUUAGCUAUUUUGCCAGACAACAACGGUUCCCUAUAUGGUGAUCUGAAGCGGAUAUGUGAGACCGAUCUUGGUUUGAUAUCCCAGUGCUGUCUUACAAAACAUGUCUUCAAGAUUAACAAGCAAUAUUUGGCCAAUGUAUCCUUAAAAAUAAAUGUUAAGAUGGGUGGCCGGAACACUGUUCUCUUGGAUGCUAUAAGCUGCAGAAUCCCAUUGGUCAGUGACAUACCGACAAUUAUCUUUGGAGCUGACGUAACGCAUCCUGAGAAUGGAGAGGAGUCCAGUCCAUCAAUUGCAGCUGUUGUAGCAUCUCAAGACUGGCCAGAGGUCACAAAAUAUGCAGGAUUGGUUUGCGCUCAAGCUCAUAGACAGGAAUUGAUACAAGAUUUGUACAAAACCUGGCAUGAUCCUGUUCGUGGUACAGUGAGUGGCGGCAUGAUCAGGGAUCUUUUGGUCUCUUUUAGGAAAGCAACUGGACAGAAGCCACAGAGGAUAAUAUUUUAUAGGGACGGUGUGAGUGAAGGCCAGUUUUACCAAGUGCUGUUGUUUGAGUUGGAUGCUAUUCGGAAGGCCUGUGCUUCGUUGGAGCCAAACUACCAACCACCUGUGACAUUUAUCGUAGUUCAAAAACGACAUCAUACCAGACUUUUCGCUAACAAUCACAGGGACAAGAGCAGCACCGACAAGAGUGGAAACAUCUUACCAGGCACAGUGGUUGAUUCUAAAAUCUGUCAUCCAACAGAAUUCGACUUUUAUCUCUGCAGCCAUGCUGGAAUUCAGGGAACUAGUCGGCCUGCUCAUUACCAUGUACUCUGGGACGAGAACAAUUUCACUGCAGAUGGGAUUCAGUCAUUGACGAACAAUCUCUGUUACACAUACGCAAGGUGCACACGUUCUGUCUCAGUGGUUCCUCCAGCUUACUACGCACAUUUGGCUGCAUUCCGGGCUAGAUUCUAUAUGGAACCUGAUGGGCAGGAGGGUGGCUGUGCCGGUGGUCAAGGUGGCGGCAAGGGCACACGAGUAGCUGGAGAAUCAGGUGUGCGUCCUUUGCCAGCCCUCAAAGAAAAUGUAAAAAGAGUAAUGUUUUAUUGUUGAAAGGCCGCGUAGCCGGAACAACGACUAGCUAGCUAGGGUUAGUGGUAGGGUUUGUUGCUGCAUGGCAGAGCCUUUUCUUUGUAUAUGUUUGAUGAUGAUAAAAUGCAGCUUCGCAUGGUUUUGAACUUUGAUGAAUGAUGUAAAAAUGGCUAGCAUUAGUUUCUUUAA